AAGGCGUUCGUUGAAUCAAGUAGUAAUCUUACCGGUUAUAUUGACAUUCAUCCAUCACGCACUUACUGCCCUGUACCCUGGGUGUUUUAUAUAAUUUUGAAACGUGGCAUAUCUAUUGGAAACCCAAAACACAUCAUUUGAUCAUUAAAUUCGUUUUGGUUGAUUCUGCAGAAUGAAGAGUACAAGAGUAUUAAUUCGAGCAAAGGGACGUGGCCUAUGCAUUGAAAGAGGGUUGUAUGAUUGUCUUCAAAAGGAAUUGUUUGCUGAUGUCACACUUCACUGUGAUGGAGGAAAGAUCCGGGCAAAUAAAGGUGUCUUGGCUGCUGCCAGCCCAGUUCUUUGCCAUCUUCUUAAGGAUUGGCCUUUAACUGAUGAUCCUUGUGUUAUCAUGGCUGGCUACACGUUAGAUGAGGUACAAGGACUUAUUCGCUACAUCUACACAGGACAACUUUCUGCACCUAGGAUUCAAGGAUCAUCCUGGGAAAAGAUAAUUGGAGAUUUCAAAGUGGGAUCUCCUAUAGAGCAUGAUGAUGAUUUAGCAAGCAUACAUGAAUUGACUGAUUAUGGUGAUGCCUCACCAGUGUAUGAGCCUGAAGCUAAUGGGAUAUGCCAUCUGCAACACCCACAACACCAUCCACAUCAACAUCCACAACAACAAACAUUUCACAGCUCGCCAGUGAAAAGUCCAGCUAAGGGUGUAGGUCCAAAAAUUGUAGCCGUUACCUCCCCGCGUCCUUUGAUCGUACAAGUGCAAAGCCUUACACAACCACCCAUGAAUCAAGGUCUGGAUUCAACCAACGAUGUCAACGACAUUCCGAACGAGAUGACUGUCGAAGAAGGAAACGGAGAACCUUCCCCUGAAGUCGCUGUACCUUCGGUAGUAGGAAGACGAAAGCUUGGACGUGGGGGGAAGGUGUUAAAACGGCUUCAAAGACGGCAACUGGAAGAACCGCGCACGUUAACAGUCGCUCCUGUUUCAGUUGCAACUCUUAAAAAACUCGCGCCUAAAAGAGCGAAGCCUUCCUCUAAAUUUGCCCGGAAAAAGUACGUCUGUCCCCAUUGUAAUCGACGUUUUCUCACUAGAGGAAACAUUAAAAACCAUUUGCGGAUACAUAGUCGUGACAAACCCUUUCAAUGCUCGAUAUGCCAAGAUUUAUUUUCUUAUCAAGGUGUCUAUCAACGUCAUUUGUUGAAGCAUCGUGACAAUAACGAGAUUGGUGACAAUGAAGUGGCUCCUAUGAUUGCCGAUUCAAUCCGCUUGGCUGACGAGAUUGGUGUUCUUAAUAAAACAGCAAUUCAUUUAGAAAAUGACGAAGAGGAACAGGAACCUAAACAGGAUCCCGAAAAAGAAGAAGCAAUAAGCGCCGAAAAUGAUGUUACGGCCGAUGUCGAAGAAGAAGAAAAUGCUGACUUAAUGGAGGAUGAAGAAGCUAAGAUUGCACUUAAAUUGAAAAGCAAAGCAAAGUUAGCAGGUUCAUCGAAAACCAAUGUAUGUUCAGAUGAAAAAGUAGAUAGUGAUCCCAGUUUCGACGAUGGUGAAGGGGGGGAUGUAUCAGUAAACGAAGCGGAGGUUGCGGAGUUUGAAGAUGUUAAAGGGAAAACGAAUCGGAAAAGAGACUCGGCUAACCCAAAAGCGAGUAAAGAAAAAGUUCCAGCUGGAGGGAAGAAAAGAAAGGAACCCAAAGCGCGAAAAGCCAACUAUCAUUAUCAAGUUAUAGAGUGCGAUUUUUGCCCGAUGCGUUACCACAAAUGGAGUGCCUUCUAUAUCCAUCGUUGCACCCACACAGGAGAGACUCCCGUCAUCCCGUGCAGUGUCUGUGAAAUGGAAUUUCCAAAUAUCAAAGCUUUAAAGGAGCACAAGGUUAUGGAACAUCGCGAAUCGAUCUUUCCGUGCGAUGGAUGUGAUCGAACAUUUCUAUCGAAAAGUGCCCUGCUCUUGCAUCAGCCUAUCCACUCAAACGAUUUCAAUUAUCAAUGCCGCUCAUGCCCAGAAAAAAUGCGGACUUUUAGAGAGCGUUACGUUCACGAGCGGACACAUUCGACUACCGAAGAACCCCAGACACCUCACGAGUGCUCUCACUGCCAAAAGCAGUUUAAUACGUUGGUGAACUUGCGCUAUCACCUAAAAGUGUGUGGAAAGGAAACGGAUGCCUGAAUCGUAAAAAAGGGGAUAAAUCUGGGUAAUCUGAAAGGAUCGUCGUGCACUUUCGAAGAGAAAGAUCUCUUCGCGAUGCAUUACCAUUUUUUCUAGAAAUAAUAUGAUCGUGGAGUCUAUUAUUAUUUUAGGCGUUAACAUUCUUUUGUCUACAUUUAAUAUUUUUAUUUGUGCACCCCUAUUACAUUUCCUUUUGCCUUCAAACUAUUUCGCAUCUUUCUUGAUAUUCUUAGUUAUAAGAAAAAAAUGUCAUUAGUUUAGAAUCAUGUGAAAAUUGACAAACGCCUUUAUUUUUGGCUAUCGGAGUCGCUAAUAAUUAUCGAAUGUUUAAUUUUGGGACGGGGAAAGAACAAUCGGGGACAUUUUUACAUCUUGUAAUCGUAUCCACAACCUGCUAUAUCCUCCGUUGUUUAGUAUCUUCCCCUUCCAUCGUUUGCCUUCAUUAUGAUUGUUUGUUUGUUUUCUUCACCUGGAUGAUGUUUUUUUUUCUUCUUCUCACACAAGAACGUGGAAAAAUAGACUAUACUUUAAAUGUA